CCGAAUUUCCUUCCAAUUUCCUUCCAAAUCUUAUUUCCUUUUAUUUUUCCUUCCAAAUGCCAAAAUAUCCUUUUGGAAGGAAAUUUCCUUCCGAGUGGAAGCUCUGAUCUUGAUGACGAGCCAGCCUGGGUUUGCUGUGUCCAUGCCAGACCGGAAAUGGAUGGGUGUAUGUUGUUUUCUAAUCAUACUGAUAUCCGGUCUGGAUUUUGAGUUGAAAAUGGCUGACCAACAGGUAAGCUUUGAUGAAUUUUCCAUGCAUUCACACCUGUUUAUUCCUUAUUUCCCCUACCAAAUGAAUCUAGAAUGCCUCAUAUUUUAUAUUUCUUUUUUUCUAUAGCAAUUCCUGUUAACAGACUUGCAAUUCGAAGGUGUGUUAAAGGACAUAUUUUGCCGUUAAGUGUCCAAGUGGGGUUUAUAAAUAGUUUUUUUCGGUUUUUAAUGCGCUAAUUUAUUCGUUUAUCGUUGAUAGUUUUAAAGUAAUAUCUUCAUUUCGUUUCUAUGCACAACUCGCACGGCAAUUUUGAAGUUAAUUAUACCUUAUAAUCAAUGGAAUUAAAACUAUUUUAUAAUACAAAUAUUGGUUGUCAUUUAGCAUGUUAUUAAUCGAAUCCCAAUACAAAUUUAGCUGUUAAAUGUGUUUAAAUUAGGUUAGUUCAUUAAAGCAAGUAAGAUUUUUGUGUUUAAAAAUGGGCACAAUAUACUUAUAUAUACAAGUACUGGGAUAGUUUAAAUAUAUGUAGAAAAUAUUUUUGUAUCUUUUCAAAUCUCAUUCUUGGGGGUCUACUCAGAAAUGACAAGCCUGGGUAGCUUAAGACAAUAAAUACAACACAGUUUGUCAAUUCCUUGUGCAUUGUUUGCAUAUGACUUGCUACAAGUCGACUCGUAUUAUUUAUUAAUUAAUUGCACGAUUGAGCUCAAAUUUCUCUGGUUAAAGAGCAGAUUUUACCCAUAGGGGUUUGUCGAGUCAACUUGUCGCUCUUGGUGUGUAAUAGCCAGUCAGAUUUAAGAAUUGCCACUCAUUAUGAUUGAUGCUUUUUUUUCAGUUUUUUUUAUGUGUUGCAUGAGUAAUUGAAACAGUUGUGAGUCCUGAAACAUUGAGAAUAAAUUUUAAAUAUUUUUGAGUUUCUAAUACACCCUUUUGAUAAUUAUGUCACAACUACACUGUUUUCAACUUAUGACCACCUUAAAUGAAAAGGAUUUCAAGUUUUUUUCUCAUGGGCUAUUCACAGAGAAGCAGAACAUCCUUCUUCAACACAUGUAUGAAAAAGAAUUCUUUAUUUGGACCAAUAAAUGUGGAAAUAAGCUUUACCCCGAAAACAAGGCUGCCUCGUUUUUGUGUUAAUGCUUAUUUCCGUAUUUAUUGAUCUAAAUCCAAAAUUCUUUUGUGCAUGUGUUGAAGAAGGAUGUUCUGCUUCUCUGUGCAUAGCUCAUGAGAAAAAAAACUUGAAAUCCUUUCCAUUUAAGGGACUGGUCAUAAAGUAACUGCUAGGGUGGGCUGGAAGUAAAUCACAAAUUUUGCCAAUAAGUUUGGUGACCUAUCUUAGGAUGUAGAUAAAAAUUUCAAAGCCCAUCUAAUCUAAAAAAUUUUCAUGACCCACCCAAUCUAAAUUGGGAAAGUACACUUUUAUAAUAAAAAAAAUUGCAGGUAUGAACAUUGUAAAUAUACAUGGCACUGUAUUGACAUACAUAAUUCCACCAAGCUUUACCAACACAUUGAUACUGAGCUGCUCUCCAGUUGAUUGUAUUUGCUGUGAUUCGACCACUUGUUGUUGUUGUAUAAACAAAGUACUGGCUUUAAUAGCAUCAUUUGCAUUUGAUAAUUUGGAUAGUUUUGUUUACUUUUAUUAUUAACUUAAUAUCUUUAUUUUUUGAAGUAGAUAUGCAUGGGUUUUUGUUUGGUGGCCCAACUGUGGACAUACAAAAAAAUUGGCGGCCCAUCGCAACUGCCCAAAUAUUUUCCAUGGCCCAUCCCAAAUCACUCCAGCCCAACCCUAGCAGUUACCUUAUGACCGGUCCCUAAGGUGGUCCUAAGUUGAAAACAGUGUCGUUGUGACGUAAUUGUCAAAAGGGUGUAUUAAUACUGUCUUGUAAGUUUUCACAACAAGGACAUGCAAUUUCUGUGCUGGGGAGCUCAAGCUUGUACAAUUGCUCGCUUGUCUUGCUUGUUACAAUGGGAGUCAACUUGUAGCAAAUUUGCGCAUGAUUUUGUCUUUCCAGUUCACACAAGACGUGCAAAAGUGGUCCUCAAUUAGAGCAGGGCUAGCUUUACAAAUGAACUGUGUAAUUAAAUGGGACCUUUACAAAGCAAUGAAGUCCCUUAAAAUAUCUUAAUACAAGAUUGCUUAACUGAGAAUAUAAAUCCUAGCUGCGUCAGUGUAGGAUAAUAUGUAAUAAAAUGCAAUUUUUUGUGAAAUGAAACAAGGAUUUCAAGGAUUUUAUUAUUCAUUUACCAAAAAUAUUUUUACAAAUAGUAUAAACACCCGCAAAUAGCAAUAGGUAAUCUAGGCGGGGUGUUAUAAUAAUAAUAAAUAAUAAUAAUAAUAAAUUACAGUGUAUAUCUUAGAUAAUAAUCUUCAAUUUUUUUCAAUCUAUCGGUGAAUUGCUAUGUAAGCGAAACACCGCUUCCCCCCUUUAAUUUUACAAUUAUGACAUAGGGUUCCUCUGGGAAAGUUUUGCUUGGGACUCACACAACCUCUCAUUGGCUUUGUUGAAGAUAAUUGUUUGUUUCAAAAAUUGCAAAUUAAAAAAACUUUGUUUGAUGUCAUGGCAUAACGCUUGAGUAAAUGGUAAUAAAUUAAAGUCUCCAUUGUUCUUACAGCAUUGGCAAAAGUUUUCAAAUUUGCUGAUGUUGAGGAAAAGGGUUUUGUGGACGUGGAGACAAUAUCCACUCUGGCCGUUCAGUUACUUGGCGGGCAUUUGACAGAAAGUCAGAAACAUUACAUCAAAGCGACUUCAGAUGAAAAGACCGAGGAAGGUAGGAUGGAAUAUGCAUGAUAAAUCGGACAGGCUAAAUGACCCUAAACUAACAAGUCCUAUACUCAGGGGCAUAGCCAAUCCCAAACAAGUUGGGGGGGGGGGGUUAAUUGUCCGGCCAUGCACCUGGGGACAUAUAUAUGAUCCCCCAGAAAACUCUUAAUUAUCUUUUUAGGUAUUGAGAAAGUACACUAUUUUUCAUGCAUUUUAGGCAUGUUUUAUGAUAAUCUGAAAUUCACAUAUUUGAUAUAUUUUAUAUCAUAUAUGAAAAUAUUAAGGGGUUUCCCCUCCUGCUCAGUUUUGAAAGAGUUACAAAAUUUGUCCUGAAGAAAAGUGGGGUAGGGGUCUGGAUGUUCCUUACCCCCUGCUUAUGCAAAAGUGGGAGGGGACCCCCAUUGUGGAAAUGCCUCUGCCUAUACUGGAUAGCGAUUACAGUAAUAACAGUAUCAGUUCAAAACUUUUUUUUGUGGAGGACCAGUAAAGUUCAUCUCUUACUGUUGCAUUGUUACUGCAGAAGAAAAUCUGAACCAAACCAACUUUAUUUAUACUGGAUAGUUUCAUCUGUUCUAGAUUGUUCUUCUUCAAAUCUUCAACAGAGCGAACCAAUUCAACUUUCAAUGUAACUUUGAUCUCUUUACAUUCUGUGUUUCUCCUCUCAGGUUUGUUGUCGUACAACAGUUUCAUCGACAUCAUGUCGAAGGUGAUGAUGCAGACAACACAGUGGGGCAAAAUGAAAAGUUCUUUGGAAAGUUAUGUUGGUUUUGACACGAUUCAGGAACAGAUCAGAAAGAAAUCAUUGAAACGAGGAUUUGAAUUGAAUAUUAUGGUUGUAGGUGCGUAUAAAAUUUAUUUUACUGUUCAACAUUAUACUAACCUAUUAAUUGGAGCAUUUGUGGCGUAGUUUGCAGAGCAAACUUGUGUCCUUCGCUAAGUUUGUAUGUUUGAUUCUUGCUAUGGACUCAUGUCUCAUUUGAAAAUAUUUGUGUUUCAGGAGCAUCUGGCUUGGGCAAAUCAACACUUGUGAACACUCUGUUCAAAGCAAAGCUCAGCCGUGCUUCAUGUAUAUCCCAACCAUUUGUUAUCCCGAAAACUGUAGAAAUCAAGACAGUUAGCCAUGGUAAGUAUGAUGCAUGCCAUUCUGAAACAGAAUAUUCAAUCUACUCUGAUAUGACAAUUACCAGGUCUAUCCUUUCUCGGGUGGCUUGGCGAGAAUGUACCCCACUCCCCUGGGAAGCUGUACCCCUUGUCACAUGAGCCUAACUUUGCCAAUCUGAAUUUAACCCAUUGAGUGGUAGCACUUUCCCCCUGACAAGUAAAAUCAUCUGGUGUUAGACAGAGUAAAAUAAUAAAGUAGGGUGCAUCUGGGUGCAUUGCCACUUAGGGGGGUUAACCCAUUGAGCAUUAAGCUGCAAUGCACCUAGGCUUGGGCGGUUUUGCUUAAAAUCAAAACCGAAAAACCGUCUGAUUCUAAACCGGUAAAACCGAAAAACCAGUUUUUUCCCUUUAAUUUGUAUUUCAACGGUAUGAGGAGGAAUUGUGGUAUUUUUCUGUCAUAAGCAAACAAACAGUACAUGACAAAACGCAAAAUUGUGCAAAGGUAACCUAAAACGACUUCAGUUUUAGGGUCAAGAACGCAUUUGAAAACUUAUACCUCUUCAGUUCUUACCGACUUUAUGGAAAAAGAAUAGAAUUUGUAUCUAGUGUCACGUAAUUGAGUUUAAUUGGUGUCAUGUUUUGAGAAUUAAGAUCGAGUUUCAGGCGAUGACAGUAAACAAUUACGUAAUGACGGUUUUCCGGUUUUUGUAAAAGCUAAACCGAAAAAACCGGUUUGAAAAUAAAACCGAAAAAACCCCGAAAAACCGUUAAACCGCCCAAGCCUAACUUUUUUUUUACUUGUUUAACGCCAGACGAUUUUACACGUCAAUGGCGAAGCUCUACAGCUUAAUGGGUCAGCCAAAAAAUCUGACAAUGUCUCUAGUUAACCCAUUGAACUGCAAUGUGCCCCAGUGCAUCCUACUUAUUUUUCUACUUGUCUAACGCCAGACGAUUUUACUCCUCAAUGGGGAAGCACUGCAGCUUAGUGGGUUAAUCCAAUUCUUGCACACAAUUUUUUUCAGUUAUUGAAGAGAAAGGAGUCCGUUUACGGUUGACUAUCACUGACACACCUGGUUUUGGUGACCAAGUUAAUAAUACCAACUGGUGAGUAGACCAUUUCUAUUUUCUGCAUUUUUAUUUAAACUGCUACUGGGUCAGUGUAAUAAGUUUAGUAUCACACAUCAAUAAAAUUUUAACCGGUCUUCAUAAUUUUUUUCACAUUUUAGUUGGGAGCCAGUAAUUGAAUACAUCCAUGACCAAUUCGACCAUUAUUACCGAGAAGAAUCGAGUACUUAUAGAAAAGCAAGAAUUCCCGACACCAGGGUUCAUUGUUGCCUGUACUUUAUCGAACCCACUGGACAUAGGUACGACUUAAAGAUUUGACAAUCUUGUCCUGAAUAUCUCUAUCAGUCUUAAACAGUUCUCUAGAGGUCCAGUAAGGACCAUUCCUUACAGUCGGUAUUCUUCCAAUGUUACUGCAGAAAGAAGUUGGAAUAUUCAGGGAAAACCUGAAGUGUUUGGUAGAGUCAAACUGGUACAGGGCCGUCGUGGGUCCCAUGUUUUUUUUUUGGGGGGGGGGGCAAGGGCAGUAUUUUUCCGACAAACUCAAUUGGGAAAAAAAAAUUUCCGGACAAGAACAUUCAAAUUUAUCGUAUAUGCAGGUAUGCUUAAUUAACCACAAAGAUUCCAACAACAUUACCAAUUUUCCGACGGGUCUCAACAAAUGGGGGGGGCAUGGCUCCCCCUGCCCCCCCUGGCCACAGCGCCACUGAACUGGAAACACUCUCAGGGAUGUUGUUACUGGGCGAGUGUGGGGGAUGUAACACCCCCAAUAAUUUUUAAGUUCAAAAAGUUGGUCAAAAUGGAAAAUAUUUGGUCAAAAUAGUUCAUGUUGGUCACUUGUUGGUUUUUGAAAUUGGUUUACACUAUAUAUAGUAGUACCGGUACUAUUUGUGUUAUAAGUAUUUUGACUCACUAAAAUUUUUCACCUUGUUAAAAAUUGCAUUCAGUUUUUCCAUCACGAAUUUGAUGGAGUCAGCCCUUUGUUCGUCAAGAUAUCAGGACCCCCAUGUUAAUGACUGUGCGACCUCCAUGAGCACUCUUCUCACAUGUGACUGACACAAAAUGAUAAUCAUGCAACUGCAUAUUGCAAUAAUGAAACUCUAGUCACCAACAUUUCAAAAUAGUUCCCCACACUUUAAACGUGUUUGCGUUCGCUGUGUUUGGGGUUUGAUAUAUAUGUUAACUGUUCUUCUUUAAUUUUGCAUCAGGCUGAAAUCUCUGGAUCUUGAAUUCAUGAAACGACUUGACAAAUGUGUGAAUAUCAUUCCAGUCAUCGCCAAGUCGGACACGUUAACGUUAGAAGAACGAGAGGCCUUCAAACGCCGUGUAAGUACAUGGGGUUUACUCCUUGAAAUUUACAGUGCGGUUAUAUUAUUUUUCACCUCAGUUGCACGUGAAAAGAGAGAGAGAUAAAAAUUUUAAUUAUUUUUCGUCAAUAAUUUUAACUCCAGAUCCGGGAAGAUCUCAGUCAUAACAUCAAUACAUAUCCCAUAAUUCAUGACGAGCUUGACGAAGACGAAGUACGAACCAACACGAAGAUAAAGGUAAGUUAUCAUAACACUACACAGAAGUCCAUCUCCAUUGUUUUUUUUUGCGUAUUGCGUUAUUCAUCAUGUUUCGUCACUCAGCAAGUACCGUAAACAGAAGCAGUCAUCCCCCUGGACGUAUGCCAUUUUGAGUAUUUCCAGGAGGUGACUGCUUCUGUUUACGGUACUUGCAGAGUGACGAAUCAUGACGAAUAGAGCUUACGCAAAAAAAUAAAAUGGAGAUGGACUUCUGUGUAGUAAGGGUGAUUAGAACACUCCACUCACUCUAUACUAUUUUUGCAGGAACAGUUACCGUUUGCCGUGGUUGGUAGUGAUAGAAAUGUCUCUGUUGGUGGAAAGGCAGUCCUAGGGCGGAAAACUCGCUGGGGUGUCAUAGAAGGUAACCUGUUCAAAUCUCAUAUUUGGUAUAAUUGUUUUUCUAUCCUAACGCUGCUCAGUUUUCCUUGUCUGUCGUUUUGUUUUAGUUGAAAACAAGAAUCAUUGCGAGUUUACCCUCUUACGUGACAUGUUGAUAAAGUAAGUGGUAAUAUUUAAGGUCCUAAACUCUAUCACCUGGAGCGGAUCUACUGUGGGGUUCAGGGGGGGUGCACACCCCACCUGAUGGUUUUUAGCACACCCCCCCUACAUUUUCUGCUUUUCGAAUAGCAAUUAGCGGAACAUCUACUGUUAGCGUGUGUUGAUUUCUUGAAAUGAUUCAAUUGAUUUGUGAGCUCACGAGAAAAUGCUCAGAAUGCUACAGUUAAAUAUCAUGGUUAAAUAAUGUAUGUACACAUGUCGAAGUUGUUAUACAGCCAUAUUUUCAAAUAUACUGUAUUUGAACAAGCAAAUUUACUGUACUGUGCUACAGCAACUGUCCAGUCACGCAUACGUGAUAAAAAGCCGAUAUAAAUUUUAUAAACAAAAGAUAAUGUAAAACGUAACAGAACAACAAACAUGCAGAUUCGCCAUCUGAAAUAAUGGUAAUGUUGGGAGAGUAGCGUUGCAGACUGCAGAAAAGAGUGGGCAGUAAGGCUCCCCCAUGCACCACCCCAUGGAAAACCUGCACCCCUCCUUGCAUGCAGAUAAAGCUAGAUCCGCCCCCUGAUCUAAGGUAGCCCAUUCAGCGAUAAUUUCGAAUAUUAAAAAUAAUUUCUUCCCCCCAGAACUCACAUGCAAGAUUUGAAAGAGGUCACAGAUUUCCUUCACUAUGAAAGCUACAGACGUGAGAGAUGUUCUAGCAAUGGUGAACACUCCCCCCUGGAUGAGAAACCGGAUAUGACGCACGGGAAUGGCGUCAUCAGCGAGAGUAACAUAUAGAAAAAAUUUUCAUCAUAGACACAUCAAAUAAUAAUAAUGCAAUUAUUUUCGACCCUUUUAUAGACUUAUAUAUAUAAAGUAAGUUCCUCACAAAUUUUCCUAAACCAUGGUAUAGUGUACGCCUGUAUUCUCCCAAAUUACAUCCGAGAAAUUGACAAGGUUAGGUAUAUAUAUAUAUUCUUGUGUGAAAGACUAGCCAGUAUAGUUUGUAUAUUUGAAUUCUUUUGUGGUAAAUGAAUAUAAAGACAAGUCUUUAUAUUUUUUGGAAAAUCGUACUUAAGUUUUGAAAUUUGUUAGUAGGUUUCAAUCAGUAAAAUUCAUUACAUAAAAUGGUCGUUGUACCAUUUAACAAAUUGACUUUUAUUUUGUUCGCACUGUUAUAUUUUGUGGGGUUUUUUUCUAUAGUAUUACAAUACAUUUAUAGCCUUGUGGUUUA